AGCGCCCGCCCAGCCCUGCCCGUCCCCCGCCAUUUCGCACCGGGACGGGAAGGGAAGGGAAGGGACCCGGAGCGGGAAGGGAAAGGAGAGCAGGGGAAGGGACGCGACACGAGCACGGCGGUUGCCGGGAGCUCCCGCGGCACGGCCAGCCAGGGAGGGAGCUGCUUCCCGGUAAUAGCAGAGGAUCCUGACGCUGAAUGAGAAGGCACCGGCAGCAUCCUCGUUAGUGGGAGCCCAUCUCUGCUUAAUGUUGGUUUCUUUGUCAUCAGGUCUGCUAAAAAAUGACAGAGUAUAAACUUGUGGUGGUUGGAGCUGGUGGUGUAGGCAAGAGCGCCUUGACAAUACAGCUAAUCCAGAAUCACUUUGUGGAUGAAUAUGACCCCACAAUAGAGGAUUCCUACAGGAAGCAAGUAGUAAUUGAUGGAGAAACCUGUCUCUUGGAUAUUCUUGACACAGCAGGUCAAGAGGAAUACAGUGCAAUGAGGGACCAAUAUAUGAGAACAGGGGAAGGCUUCCUCUGUGUGUUUGCCAUAAACAAUACAAAGUCUUUUGAAGAUAUUCACCAUUAUAGGGAACAAAUAAAGAGAGUUAAGGACUCAGAAGAUGUCCCAAUGGUGCUAGUAGGAAACAAAUGUGAUUUGCCUUCCAGAACAGUAGACACAAAACAAGCUCAGGAUUUAGCAAGAAGUUAUGGAAUUCCUUUCAUUGAAACAUCAGCAAAGACAAGACAGAGAGUGGAGGAUGCUUUUUAUACAUUGGUGCGAGAGAUCCGACAGUACAGAGUGAAAAAAAUCAGCAAAGAAGAAAAGACUCCAGGGUGUGUGAAAAUUAAAAAAUGCCUUGUAAUGUAACAGGGGUGUUGAUGAUGCCUUCUACACAUUAGUUCGAGAAAUCAGAAAACACAAAGAGAAGAUGAGCAAAGAUGGUAAAAAGAAGAAAAAGAAGACAAAGACAAAGUGUAUAAUUAUGUAAAUACAAUUUAUCCUUAUUCUUAAGAAGUACUGAAGUAAUUUUGUACAUUACACUAAAUUAUUAGCAUUUGUUUUAGCAUUACUUUACUUUCUGCUUCAUGAUCCUGUUAGCUUUACCUGAAUGCUUGUUUUAAAUGACAGUGGAAACUUCAUUCCUCUUAAAGUGCCAGUAUUCUUUGACUGUUGGUUAAUGAACUAGCAAUGCCUGUGAAAAAAAAAAAAAAAACAAAGAAAAAAACAACAAAAACCCAAAACAAACAAAAAAUACCCACAAAAAACCUGAGAACUGUCUUAGGACUCUUUGGUGCAUGCACAGUUGCUAACUUCCUAUUUUUCUUACUGAUUGUGAACUUCUGUUCUGUGUGCAAAGCAAACAGAUGAUGCUCUACACGUUUUAACAUCCCCUCUGAAUUUUUGGGUUUAUAAAUUUGGUUGGGAAAAAGGACUAGUUAGCAAAAGAAACUUUCAUUUCAUCCUUUCCUUUCUUUUAGACUGAUUGCAAUAGAGAGAGACCAGAAGCCUUUAUAGUCUUCCUGUAGAUUUUGCUUCUAGGCAUCUAGUCUUGUAGCAUUUCAGAUCAACUUUAUUGAAUGUAAAGAGAAAACUUUCAAAAAAAAUUUCACUGCAAUUUGUCACGGUCACUCCUUAAAUACUCUAUUUUUUCUAUAAAAAAUUAAAAAAAAAAAGAAAAAAAUCUAAAAAUACAAUAAUGCACACCUGGCAAUGGAAAAAGUAAAAGUUUAAUUAGGUUGAUUUGCUAUUGUUAAUGCAUUGCUUUAAGAGCUUCACUGACUUUUGUGUCUGAAGAGCAAGGUGAAAUCCCCCCAUUGUCAAAGCUUUGAGUAGCUUUAUUCAGUAGGGUCAGGAUUUCACCCUGAGUGUCCCUAGGAAAUACUAGAAAGCCUUAACAGAGAAGUUGAUUAAAAUUCUUAGGUUAUUUCAUACAUGGACCCAGAAUUUGCAUAAUAAUUAAAUCAAAAUCAGUCCUAAAUUAUGUAGUGGAGUAAAACCAUUCUUCCCCCCCGCCCCCCCAAGAGUGGCAUUAAAUAUUUCCAGAUGCCCAUUUUGUGCAAAAUAGGGGAGAAAUUCUGAAUUUCAGCAAGAUCAGAUGAGUGAAUGAAAGAGAUGAAUUUAGCUGCUUCAUGCAAAUAAUUUGGGAAUCCACUAUGCCAUGGAAAUGGUGUGGAAUUUGCACAAUCUGUCAGCAUAGAACAUGAUUUCCAGAGUCAGUGUUGUUUGUGUGAUGUCUGUGAAGUACCGAUUCAAUGGUUGGUGAGUGGCAUUCCAGUGUCUAGAGUGUCAUGAAGCUACACCAAGAGUUUAAUGUUGUCUUUCUCUGUGAUUAGGUUCUCUUGUGAUUUUUGUUCUUCUCUCCCCUCACUUUUUUUUUUUUUUUUUUUUUUUUUUUUUUUUUUUUUUUUUUUUUUUUUUUUUUUUUUUUUUUGGAAUUAAUGCAGGACUUUUGCAGGAGCUUUCACUUUUUGGUAGUGCAGUAGCCUAGUAAUCCACUGAAGUACAAGCCAGUAGUUGCAGUGUUUCCAGUUCCUAGUGUCUCCCUGUAAAUGUGGAGUUGUUUCAGGAGAGCUUUGGUCCCUGAAGGUGCAUUUCUCACCAGGAGCUAACUCAGCUGCAGAGUGACACUGGAAGGUGUGACUCCGGUGUAUCCAAAAAAUAAAACAAGACAUUGAAGUAGGAUAGUUCAGGACACUGGAAAAUUUGGAACAGGGAAUAGCAGCAUUGCCAUAACCCAGGGUAUUCCAUGGAAAUUUUACACAUGUAUGUAAAAAUUGGACUGUGUAACUCGGGCCAUUUCUGUGAAACGUAUUAUUUUGCUUCUACAAAAAAAAUCCCAGAGUGACUGUUGUAGGUGGGGACCUGCAAAGCUGGCAAGGAACCCAGAGUGUCUGGAUUGUUCCAUAUUCUUUAAUUCCGUUGUAUCUGGGAGAAAUCAGGCCGUUCCCUGCCUGUGUCCCCUGUUCCCACCCUUCACCAAAAUCCAGACCCCUCCACUCCUCUCAGCUUCAAUGUGAAAUCUGAGUUUCGAAAUAUUCUGAAAAACAGUAACAGGAGAACGUAAUCUAUAACGUAAUCUAUACGGUAAGGACCAAUAAGGAGUAAGAACAGAUUCUUUGUCACAAAAUAUUUCAGAGCUUCCAAGGUUAAAAUGUGUUGGAGACAGUUACUUGCAAGCAAAAGUGGGUUGUAAGCCUUGAGCAAAUGGAAGUAAUCUUAAGGUUAUUUUAAUUUUGGUAACUGAGUCACACUGCAUGUCAAAUUAGGGCUGGUCUAAAAUUCUGAUGUUAAUUUAACUUAAAGCUGUUACGAGAAUUUGUAGCUGAAAUGUCUUAUUCAUCAAAAGUGGGUUUCUAUAGCUCUACUAUAAAGCUAUAUAUGAACCAGGGAUGGGGUCUUUCAGCAAAAGUGAGCUGUAGCUGCCAGUCUAAUUAAAUUAGUACAAAAUCCAUUUAGAUUAGCCCUUAUUUACUUGAAAAAAAAAACCCAACCCAACCCCAUCCUUGCCACUGUUGUGCAGUUUUGUCUUCCUGUUUGUUGAGAUUUGGUGAAGUACGUUGGAUUGCAGCUGGCACAAGCUGCUCCAUCAUCACUGCCCUGUCCUACCCUGUUUGAGAUGCUUCCACAGAACAUCCCUGGGUGCUGUGUCUGGAGAGCAGCUCCUGAGCAAGCCUGGGAGUCACUGCCCAUGUCACCAUGUCAAACUGCCUUGUGUCAGGGAGUAACACCUUCUUACAGUAGCUUUAUGUAACUCUGCUAAAUACCUGGGUCCUUGGUUUGCUCCAAAAGGAAUUAUUCUGACUGGUUUCAGUGCCCUGAAAUUUUUUGCUACUCUUUUGCUGUGUGGGCUUUGUUGUAGUAACAGGAUAAUGGGUAAAUACUGACACACACAAUCUUCUGCUCUUGUCUAGACUAUAAAGCAAUACAAUUAUUACCUUCAAAGACCAUCAAACUGUAAAACAAAUCAUUGUGUCUCAAGUUUACAUAAAGCUACAUAGAUGGUAAAUCUUUCCUAACAUUUCUUUAUUCCACUGUCCUGUGUUUUCAUGUUGAAAAUACUUCUGCUUUUUCCUCUUGAGUGCCAACUUCUUACUAGAAUGACUUCUUAAUGUAAUAUGUUUACCUGGAAUGUAUUUUAACUAUUUUUGUAUAGUGUAAACUGAAACAUGCACAUUUUGUACAUUGUGCUUUAUUUGAUGUGGAACAUAUGCAGUGUGAUCCAGUUUUUCCAUAAUUUGGUUGUGUGACCUAGGAAUGUUGGUCAUGCCAGACAUUAAGUUAAAAAAAGGAAAAAAAAAAAAGACCACUGUUUGUUUUAAAAUUUUUAAUGUUUUUAGGAGUAUGUGCUGUGAGGUGAUCUGGAAUUUGUCAUUUUUUUGUCAAACUGUACUGCUCCUAUUUAUUGUAAUGUAAUAAAAAAUAGUUAUUGUGAG